GUGGGCGCCCCGACAUGGCGGCCCGGAGCGCCCCGAACUGCCACCUGCGGCUCGAGUGGGUGUACGGCUACCGGGGCCACCAGUGCCGCAACAACCUCUACUACACGGCGGCCAAGGAGAUCGUGUACUUCGUGGCGGGCGUCGGCGUGGUGUACAGCCCGCGGGAGCACCGGCAGAAGUUCUACCGGGGCCACAGCGACGACAUCAUCAGCCUUGCUUUGCAUCCUGAACGAGUGUUGGUAGCAACAGGACAAGUUGGGAAAGAGCCCUAUAUCUGUGUUUGGGAUUCAUACACUGUGCAGACCAUAUCAGUUCUGAAGGAUGUUCAUACACAUGGUAUAGCUUGCUUAGCAUUUGACAUAGAGGGACAGCGCUUGGUUUCAGUUGGACUCGAUUCAAAGAAUGCAGUUUGUGUUUGGGAUUGGAAAAGGGGGAAAAUGUUAUCUAUGGCUCCUGGUCACACAGAUAGAAUAUUUGAUAUUUCUUGGGAUUUGUACCAGCCAAAUAAACUUGUCAGCUGUGGUGUAAAACACAUCAAGUUCUGGAGUUUAUGUGGAAAUGCCCUGACCCCAAAACGAGGGGUCUUUGGUAAGACUGGUGACCUUCAGACAAUAUUGUGCCUGGCCUGUGCGAGAGAUGAAGUGACAUAUUCUGGUGCACUCAAUGGGGAUAUAUAUGUUUGGAAAGGAAUCAAUCUUAUACGAACAAUACAAGGAGCCCAUACUGCAGGAAUUUUUAGCAUGAAUGCUUGUGAAGAAGGCUUUGCUACUGGCGGCAGAGAUGGCUGUAUUCGUCUUUGGGAUUUAACUUUUAAACCAAUUACUGUGAUUGAUCUCAGGGAAACAGAGCAGGGAUACAAAGGUUUGUCUGUGAGGAGUGUUUGUUGGCGAGGUGACCACAUUCUAGUUGGAACACAGGACAGUGAAAUUUUUGAAAUCGUGGUGCAUGAAAGAAAUAAACCUUUCCUAAUUAUGCAAGGGCAUUGUGAAGGUGAACUUUGGGCACUUGCCAUCCAUCCUACAAAACCUUUGGCCGUGACUGGAAGUGAUGAUCGUUCAGUCAGGAUAUGGAGUUUAGUAGAUCAUGCGCUAAUAGCAAGGUGUAAUAUGGAAGAACCAAUUCGCUGUGCAGCUGUAAAUGUAGAUGGAAUCCAUCUUGCCCUCGGAAUGAAAGAUGGCUCCUUCACUGUACUUAGAGUAAGAGAUAUGACAGAAGUUGUACAUAUUAAAGAUAGGAAGGAGGCAAUUCAUGAGUUAAAAUAUUCACCAGAUGGAACUUACCUUGCUGUUGGAUGCAAUGACAGCUCAGUUGAUAUUUAUGGAGUUGCUCAGCGUUAUAAAAAAUUUGGGGAAUGUGUGGGAUCACUUAGUUUCAUCACUCAUAUGGACUGGUCAUCAGACAGUAGAUAUUUACAGACAAAUGAUGGAAAUGGUAAAAGACUUUUUUAUAGGAUGCCAGGAGGAAAAGAAGUGACAAAUAAAGAAGAAAUAAAAGGUGUUCACUGGGCUUCAUGGACAUGUGUUUCAGGCCUUGAAGUAAAUGGAAUUUGGCCCAAGUAUUCAGAUAUCAAUGAUAUAAAUUCAGUAGAUGGAAACUAUAUUGGCCAAGUUUUAGUUACAGCUGAUGACUAUGGAAUUGUAAAAUUAUUCCGAUAUCCUUGUUUAAGAAAAGGGGCCAAGUUUAAAAAAUAUAUUGGCCACUCGGCUCAUGUAACUAAUGUCAGAUGGUCACAUGACUAUCAGUGGGUUAUUUCUAUUGGUGGAGCAGAUCACUCUGUCUUUCAGUGGAAAUUUAUUCCUGAAAGAAAACUAAAAGAUGCUCUUCACAUUGCACCCCAAGAAAGUCUGGCUGACUCUAAUAGUGACGAAUCAGAUUCAGAUCUGUCUGAUGUCCCAGAACUGGAUUCUGAAAUUGAGCAAGAGACACAGCUUACCUACCGUCGGCAGGUUUACAAAGAAGAUCUACCUCAGCUUAAAGAACAAUACAAAGAGAAACAAAAAAGCAGUACUUCUAAAAGAAGAGAACGGGCUCCAGGAAAUAGUAUUCGAUUACACUUUGUUCACGGUUACAGAGGUUAUGACUGUCGAAGUAAUCUGUUUUAUACUCAAAUUGGUGAAAUUGUGUACCAUGUGGCAGCAGUGGGUGUCAUUUACAAUCGACAACAGAACACACAGCGCUUUUACCUGGGUCAUGAUGAUGACAUUCUCUGCCUAGCUAUGCAUCCUUUGAAAGACUACGUGGCAACAGGUCAGGUAGGUAGGGAUCCCUCAAUUCACAUAUGGGAUACAGAGACCAUUAAACCAUUGUCGAUAUUAAAGGGCUGCCACCAAUAUGGUGUGUGUGCUGUUGAUUUCUCAGCGGAUGGAAAACGUUUGGCUUCAGUUGGAAUAGAUGAUAGCCACACUAUUGUGCUGUGGGACUGGAAGAGAGGAGAGAAACUUUCAAUAGCAAGAGGAAGUAAAGAUAAGAUUUUUGUUGUAAAGAUGAACCCCUACGUGCCUGAUAAAUUAAUUACAGCUGGAAUUAAACACAUGAAAUUUUGGCGUAGAGCAGGUGGAGGAUUGAUUGGAAGAAAAGGCUACAUAGGCACACUGGGGAAAAAUGAUACAAUGAUGUGUGCAGUGUAUGGAUGGACUGAAGAGAUGGCUUUUUCUGGAACAUCCACAGGAGAUGUGUGUAUUUGGAGAGACGUCUUUCUUGUAAAAACAGUCAAAGCUCAUGAUGGACCAUUGUUCAGUAUGCAUGCAUUGGAAAAAGGAUUUGUAACUGGAGGAAAAGAUGGUAUAGUAGCUCUUUGGGAUGACUCCUUUGAAAGAUGUCUCAAGACCUAUGCUAUAAAAAGAGCUGCUUUGGCCCCAGGAUCUAAAGGUCUUCUCUUGGAAGAUAACCCAUCUAUACGUGCCAUAUCACUAGGACAUGGUCAUAUUUUAGUUGGCACAAAGAAUGGUGAAAUACUAGAAGUGGAUAAAAGUGGUCCAGUAACACUUCUGGUCCAGGGACACAUGGAAGGAGAGGUGUGGGGUUUGGCUACACAUCCUUAUCUGCCCAUCUGUGCUACUGUAAGUGAUGAUAAAACCUUAAGAAUAUGGGAUCUCUCUCCUAGUCAUUGUAUGUUGGCUGUCCGGAAACUGAAAAAGGGCGGACGAUGCUGCUGUUUCUCUCCUGAUGGUAAAGCUUUAGCUGUGGGUCUCAGUGAUGGAAGUUUCUUAAUGGCAAACGCAGAUACUCUAGAGGAUCUUGUAUCUUUUCACCACAGAAAAGAUAUUAUUUCAGAUAUUCGAUUCUCACCAGGUUCUGGGAAAUAUCUUGCAGUAGCAUCCCAUGACAGCUUUAUAGACAUUUACAACGUAAUGAGUAGUAAAAGAGUAGGCAUAUGCAAAGGCGCUACGAGUUACAUAACCCAUAUCGAUUGGGAUAUUAGAGGAAAGCUUUUACAAGUCAACACUGGUGCUAAAGAACAGUUAUUCUUUGAGGCUCCCAGAGGGAAAAGACAAAUCAUCCCGAGUGUGGAGGUAGAAAAAAUUGGUUGGGCAUCAUGGACAAGUGUGCUUGGUUUAUGCUGUGAGGGAAUUUGGCCAAUAAUUGGAGAAGUCACAGAUGUAACUGCCUCUUGCCUCACUAGCAACAAAAUGAUUCUGGCGACUGGGGAUGAUUUGGGAUUUGUGAAGUUAUUUAGAUAUCCUGCUAAAGGAAAAUUUGGAAGGUUUAAGAAGUAUGUGGCUCAUAGUACACAUGUCACAAAUGUUCGCUGGACUUAUGAUGACAGCAUGUUGGUUACCUUAGGAGGUGCGGAUAUGUCUUUAAUGGUAUGGACAAAUGAAAUGGAGGGCUAUCGAGAAAAAAGGCCUUGUGAUAGUGAAGAAUCUGAUAUAGAUUCUGAAGAAGAUGGUGGCUAUGACAGUGAUGUUACAAGGGAGAAUGAAAUCACUUACACCAUCAGAGCCUUAUCAACAAAUAUCCGUCCAAUGUUUGGGAUCAAGCCUCAUCUGCAACAAAAAGAACCCUCAAUUGAUGAGAGGCAGGGGGUAGUAAGAGGUUCCAGGCCUCCCGUAAGCAGGGCCCCGCCACAGCCAGAGAAACUCCAGACCAACAAUGUUGGCAAGAAAAAGAGACCGAUAGAGGACCUUGUGUUGGAGCUCGUUUUUGGCUAUCGAGGCAGAGACUGUAGGAAUAAUGCUCACUAUUUAAAUGAUGGUGACGAUAUAAUUUAUCAUACUGCAUCCAUUGGGAUUCUGCACAAUGUUGCUACAGGGACUCAGAGUUUUUAUCAGGAACACAAUGAUGACAUUCUGUGCCUCACUGUAAAUCAGCACCCCAAAUUUAUCAACAUAGUGGCAACUGGCCAAGUAGGUGAUUCAGCAGACAUGUCAGCUACAGCUCCUUCUAUCCACAUCUGGGAUGCAAUGAACAAGCAGACUUUAUCUAUACUAAGAUGCUCCCAUUCCAAGGGAGUGUGUUCAGUCAGCUUCAGUGCUACUGGCAAACUCUUGCUGUCAGUGGGACUAGACCCAGAACAUACUGUUACCAUUUGGAGGUGGCAGGAAGGUGCCAAAAUUGCCAGCAAAGCUGGUCACAACCAACGUAUUUUUGUGGCAGAAUUCCGACCGGACUCAGAUUCCCAGUUUGUCUCUGUGGGAGUGAAACAUGUGAGGUUCUGGACACUGGCAGGAAGGGCUCUUCUUAGCAAGAAAGGGCUCCUGAGCACGCUGGAAGGUGCCCGGAUGCAGACCAUGCUCGCUGUCGCAUUUGGUGCAAAUAACUUGACGUUUACAGGUACCAUCAGUGGAGAUGUCUGUGUGUGGAAAGAUCACAUGUUGUGUAGAAUCGUGGCUAGAGCUCACAAUGGGCCUGUGUUUGCCAUGUACACCACCCUGCGAGAUGGACUUAUUGUGACUGGUGGCAAGGAAAGGCCGUCAAAAGAAGGAGGAGCAGUCAAACUGUGGGAUCAGGAGCUGAGGCGAUGCCGAGCCUUCAGGCUUGAGACAGGACAACCCACAGACUGUGUCCGUUCCGUGUGCAGAGGCAAAGGCAAGAUACUAGUUGGGACAAGGAGUGCUGAAAUAAUUGAAGUUGGAGAGAAAAAUGCAGCAUGUAAUAUUUUAGUUAACGGUCAUGUGGAUGGACCUAUAUGGGGAUUAGCCACACAUCCUUCCAGGGAUUUUUUUCUUUCUGCUGCAGAAGAUGGGACAGUGAGACUCUGGGAUAUUGCUGAUAAAAAGAUGUUAAACAAAGUAAAUUUGGGACAUGCUGCUCGCACUGUGUGUUACAGCCCUGAAGGGGACAUGGUGGCUAUUGGAAUGAAAAAUGGAGAAUUUAUCAUUUUACUGGUGACCUCUCUAAAAAUAUGGGGAAAGAAGAGAGAUAGACGAUGUGCAAUCCACGAUAUCAGAUUUAGUCCCGAUUCCCGGUUUCUGGCAGUGGGUUCCAGUGAGAAUUCAGUGGAUUUUUAUGACCUGUCAUUGGGCCCCACCCUUAACAGAAUCAGCUACUGCAAAGACAUCCCAAGCUUUGUCAUUCAAAUGGACUUCUCUGCAGACAGCAGACACCUCCAGGUCUCCACUGGUUGCUAUAAACGGCAUGUCUAUGAAGUGCCUUCAGGAAGACAUCUUAUGGAUCAGGCUGCCAUUGACAGAAUUACUUGGGCCACAUGGACUAGUAUUCUAGGAGAUGAAGUUGUGGGAAUUUGGUCCAGACAUGCUGAGAAAGCUGAUGUCAACUGUGCCUGCGUAUCUCAUUCAGGGAUCAGCCUUGUAACAGGAGAUGACUUUGGCAUGGUUAAGUUAUUUGACUUUCCAUGUCCUGAAAAAUUUGCGAAGCACAAAAGGUUUUUGGGUCAUUCACCCCACGUGACAAAUAUUCGAUUUACCAGCGGUGAUCGACAUGUUGUUAGUGCUGGAGGUGAUGACUGCAGUUUAUUUGUCUGGAAAUGUGUACAUAUGCUUCACUGAAAGAUAUGGACGCUGAGAAGACUAUAAAUGAACAGCCUUGAGAAACCAGAAUUACAGAACAGGGGAAAAAAACAGAAGCAAAUCCUGCAUGGCCAAGUGGUGCUAAUUUAAGAUUGUAACAGGGAUAUACGCCCAGAAUCAUCAAAAUAGAAGACUGAUAAAUUCAAAAUAUUUACUAUAUGCAUUGGGUAACUGUCAUAAUCCAUACACUGCCAGAUAAUUACAUUUCAAAAAAGGAUUGAAUGGUGAAAGCUAACCCCCAUUUUGGGGGCAUGCGCAUAUUUGGCAUAAGUGCUGGGGUUUACGGGGACAGCACUACUCAAAAAAACAAACCAAAACUUUAAAAACCGAAGUUGGAUAAUUUUCAUCAUCUUUUUAACAAAACUUUUUCUUUUUCGAAUUUAUAUUUUAUUUUCAGUGUUCACUGUUUAAUGAAAUACUUUAUCCUUGUGUUUACAUAAGGGAAGGAAACACACCGUUACCCUAAAGGGUUAGUUUUUAAAAGGCAAACAUUAUUUUCACUAAGGAAACAGAGGUUUCACUGGAGGAUGUAAUAAUUCUUAAGCAUUAAUAAAAGCCCUUUUUAUAAAGGACUUGUUCCUCCUGGCAGUUCGAAGUUCAGGGACAAAUCCAAAGUUAGCACAUGAUUGCUACAUGUUCAUUUUUGAGCUGUCAAUCUUAUUUUCAGAAGUCAUCUCUAGAAUUAAAAAAUUAAAAUGAUUAUAGCCUUGUUAAUGAAAUAGUAUGAUGAAGAAUAAUUUCCAAUGGUGUACAUAGAGAUUUUUAAGGUUUUAGAUAGCAAUAGUAUUUAACUGGGAGAGAAUACUGAAUGUUUAAAGAUGUAGUCUAAUAGGAACAUUUUGUUUAACAUAUAAACUAAAGCAUUAAAAAUCACAUUUACAAAGUUAUACAAUUUGGUUAACUCUUGAAAUAAAAUUUUUACCGUUUUUUUAAUUGGAAAAUUUUAGUUAGAUGUACGAGUGUGCAACCCUAUAGGCUGACUUCCAAAAGGAAUGCAUACAAGUUCACUUGUAUACAAAACUUGUCUAUUAAAAUUCCUUUUUGGUGGCUUGGGGCUGAACUUAGAUCUUUAUUCCUGUUCACUUUAAAUGCUGCCAAAGAUCAGUACUCGCCAUUCAGGAAUUUGCUGUUUAGCCUGUCUGUAGUUUCCUGAAGACUGGAAAUUAUGUAGACUGAUAUUUGAAAAUAUAUUUGAAAAUAUAUUUUUCUAAGUAUGAAGAAGUUUAAGAUGCUCUAUUGGUCCUCUGAAUUUUUAUUUUAAUGUGCUUUCUUUGUACCAUAAUAGACUCCUUUAGGUUUCUGGAAAUCUCAGUUUUCUAUGUCCAACACCUUGUAAAUACUAAAAACAAUAGAAAUGGCUGAAUUGUAGCACAGAAAGCCUAACCAGUGAUGGAGCUGGUCAGUUUUAAAGGUCUGAGUGGCUGUCUGAAAGACUGAUCCAGGUGUUCAUUAAGAAACUUGAAAAGUAAGAUCAUGUUCUUUCAUUACUCACAUCAAAAUAUUCUCCUGAAUAAAGCCAAAUUUUAGAAUACACUAAUACUACGUUUCUAUUCAUAUACACAGGGGCAGUCAGUAAAUUAAAGGAAAAAAUUCCCCUAAACCAUAAACCACCCUCUUCCUUCAUUAUUGAGACUUGCAGUUUCAAAUUUUCCUUGUGUCAAGUUUGCCAGCUUUUGGCUAAAGAGAGAUUCCAUUCCAUCACAGUGCAGGUAGAAGCUCUAACUGUAACGUUAAGUAAGUAAACUACAUAGGAUAAGAUUGCUUCCAUUGCAUUUCUGUUCUCCCAAGUGGCCAUGAUAAGCCAGCCUUAAUCACUGUUGUCAGUUUCACCACUAAAAGUCAUGUUGAUUUUAAGUAGUCAUCCCUCAGCCCCCUUGCUUUUUGCUUUUACCAGCCAUCAACUAAGGGAAACUAUGACAGGCCAUGGAGAUCCUGUCCUGCGUGUGUCUUUUAACCUAAAGAAUUACUUGUGUGUGCAGUGUUUGGCUGAGGCCCUGAAUGUGUGGCCUGGGACUUCUCCUGGCCCCGUUACCCGUUUCUGUAUAUAAAUGCAUGCCAAAGCACACUGCAUUCUGGUGCCACUCGCUGCGUCCCGCUGGCCACACUCUCCCCUUCCAUUUUCUGUGGUUCAUUUUAGACCCAAUUACCCAACAAAUGUCUUCAAGUCAACCUCAGCUUGCCUAUAAACUAUAGCAACUGAAAGAUUAAACUCUUAAAUGUGAUUCCAGGCAAUGUCUGCUAAAUACCACAAAAAAAUCCAAUUUUAGCAUAGUAUUACCUUAUAAAAUGGCUAAACUAAACCAGUCAAGCCAGUUUCCCAUUUAUGUUCUUUACAGUGGCAUUAUGAGAAUGCAACUAUAUACCAUUUAUAAAUUAUACUAAAUGUCUAUUUAAAUUUCUGGAAAUACAAUUUAAAACAAAUUUUUUCUGCAGAGAUGUAAAGCAGCACAAGUAACACUGGAAUGAACAAAUGCCUUAAAGUCAAUGGAAUACACUUUUUAGAAUGAAGUGGAAGAACUCAUUUCAUUCAAGCCUAACCACGUGAUUGCUUUUAGCUCUUCUUUGUCUUUCCUGUUUCAAGUAUUUACUUUGGAAUCAGCACAGCCACGUGCAACUUACAGAAUGGUUUAAAACUCGUUAAUUCUGUCUUCUCCCAAUGGAAAAGCAGUGGCCACAGCUCUUAAACAUGUACUUUUACAGAUGUGAUUUUAUUAUCUCUUGGUUAUGUGACUUAAAGAAGUCAAUGAACUUUUUUUCUUAAUUUGGUCCUGAGAAUGUUUGAAUCAUUAUUAUCCCUUCUGCAUUAAUUUGCUUUUUUCUAACCAACUUUUAGCUUUACUUUCUAAAAAAUUACUAUACAUCGAGUCUUUAGAAUUAGCGAUCCGUUUUUUAAUUCUAAAGCAUUUGACACUCCUGCCUUAACAAUUUUAAAAACCAUACACAAAAUUUUGUAUUUUAAUUCAGUAGUCUAAAAAGUUUAGUCCUAUUUUGCAAUUUACCCAUCUGAUCUCUGUAACUAUAUAGUCUGUCAUUUAAAAUAUACUAUUGAAAUCUAAUUUUUACAUUUAAAAAAUUAUCUUCAGUAACUGUAUUUUCUGUGGAGUUAUUUCUGAGAAUGUUUUUCAGAAUGGAAGUAUAUGGGUAGCUAUAAUCUUGUGAGUUGAAAGUCUGUUCUAAUACCUUAUGUGUAUACAUACUUGUAAAAAAUUUUGUAUAAUUUUGUGAUAAUGUAGUCUCCCAAAGAUUUAUUUUAAAAGUGUAUGUUAAUAGUAAAUGAAAGCGUUUUAA